CGCCAUGCUAUUAAGGCCAAGAAAAACCCUCUCCAAGGGCACAGCAAAACGCCGUUACUGCUAGCAAGGAUUGUGAUUGUGUUGUGUUGUGUGUCGACAACCCAACAUGGAGAAGAAGCUGAAAUUUGCUCUGCUGCCUCUACUCUGCUUCUUCUUACUGUUAUCAGGUUCUGCGGAGUGUGCCCGCGUGUUCACCAUCAUCAACCAGUGCAAGACGGUGAUCUGGCCUGCGGUGACCCCCGGCGAGAGCUUCGGCGGCGGCGGGUUCUCGCUCCGGCCGGGGCAGUCGAUGGUGUUCACGGCGCCGGUGGGGUGGUCGGGCCGCAUCUGGGGCCGCACCGACUGCAGCUUCGACGCGUCCGGGAACGGCUCCUGCUCCACGGGCUCCUGCGGGUCGUCGCUCCGGUGCGGCGCCUCCGGCGCGCCCCCCGCGAGCCUGGCCGAGUUCACACUCGCCGCGGUGGACUACUACGACGUGAGCCUGGUGGACGGGUUCAACCUGCCGAUGGUGAUCAAGCCGGUGAACGGGCAGGGCAACUGCAGCGCGGCGGGGUGCGACGGCGACCUCCGGCAGACGUGCCCGUCGGAGCUGGCGGUGAGGGCCAACGGGCGGACGGUGGCGUGCCGGAGCGCCUGCGACGUGUUCAACACGGACCAGUACUGCUGCCGGGGGCAGUUCGGGAACCCGGCGACGUGCCAGCCAACCUUCUACUCCAAGAAGUUCAAGGAGGCGUGCCCCACCGCCUACAGCUACGCCUACGACGACCCCACCAGCAUCUUCACCUGCUCAAACGCCGACUACAUCAUCACCUUCUGCUCCAGCAGGAAGCAAUCCGCAUGCUCGUACCACAACAACCGCCUCGUCUGCAGCAGCGCCUCCUCCCUCUUGAGCAGAUCCUUCAUAUCGUCCACACUCCUCAUGCUCGCGCUGCUCUUCACCAUCAGCGUUUAAUUUGCAACCUUACCUGCAGAUACGACGACCACAUUAUAUUGAUUGCUAGCUAGCUAGCUGUCUUUUUCUUUAAUUAAUUUCUUGUCCUCCUCCUCCUCUCAUCUGAAUCUGAUGAGGAGCAAGGUGAUUUAUUUGUUCAAUUCAGUUCAGUUCAGUUCAGGCACCGUACCUAUAUAUUCUUCUUUCGUCGAUCGUCCUUUGUCCUUUCUAGUCAUGUAUAUAUGUAUGAUUCCAAUCAUAUAUAUGUAUUUGCUGAUGUAAAAAUAAACAGAGAAUAGUGCUGUAUGUCGAUUUGGUUUCAGCCUUUAAUUUCAGAUAUAAUCGUA